AUGUUAUGUAGAGAACAAAAACCGUGGUACUUCAUCCCCGCAGUUAUUGGAUCUGAUAAUGUAACAGCGAUGGAACGGAAGAUUUUAUGUCUACUUCUCGUGCUGCCUACUGUGGUGUCGUAUUGUCAUCAAGGUGUAAACUGUCACCUUCCCAACUGUUUCUGCCAAACCUACUUCCAUCCUUUAGACCGACAUAUCAUUCCUCAGAUGGUGUAUUUUGGAUUCGAUGAUGGCGUCCGAGAACACGCCCUUCCCUCCCUAGACCAACUAUUUGGAGAACCCCGAAAGAAUCCGAAUGGAUGUCCUUUAAGCGUGACAUUCUAUGUUUCUGGAGAUAAUACAAAUUAUGGUAUUCUGAAAGAUUUCUAUAACCGAGGCUACGAACUUGCCGCGCACAGUGUAACCCAUGGACACAUCACUAACGCUCGGCGACUCAAAGAAGAGGCAGAGAAUCAAAGAAACAACAUCGUUACUAAGGUACCUGGUGUCACAAAGGCUGCAGUGACAGGAUGGAGAAGUCCUUACUUACUGACAGCUGGGGAUGCCCAGGUAGAUGUACUAAAAGACCUUGGAUACACUUAUGAUAUCUCACUAACGUAUACAAAGAAAAAACUCGACAACCUAAACCCCUGGCCACUUACACUGGACUACGGUUGGCCUUUCAAGUGUUUAAUUCCGCCUUGUGUGAACCACAGACAUCCCGGAUUCUGGGAGGUACCUGUGAAUGCAAUGAGGGACUACAGUGAUGAAGACAACUGUGCGUAUUUUGACACAUGUAAAAAUGAAACGGAAACUGUCCAGGAAACGCAUGAGUACAUCAUGAAUAACUUUUUGAGUCAUUACAAUGGUAACAAGGCACCAUUUGGAAUCCACAUGCACGUAGGCUGGUUCAAACGUUCGGAAAACCUAAAAGCUAUGGACAGGGCAAUUGACGACAUGCUAUCCCACAAGGGCGUGUAUAUAAUUAACGUUAAACAGGUCAUCGAGUGGAUGAAGAACCCAAAGAAUUUAACUGAGUUGGAUGAUUUCCAUCCCUGGACAUGCUUCAAGGACCGAGAAAAAUCUAACACGAUGACGUCAUCAGAAAUACUCUUACUGUUAUUUGUUGUCGCGGCGUUGGUACUUUACAUUUAUAUCAUGGUAAAAUGGUUAAAGUUUCGAAAGAAAUGA